AUGGCUGCUGAGACAUGGGAAUGUACGAUUAAACUCAAUACCCGCCACAUUUUGGCAGCAAGACAAACCCGCAACGAUUCAGGCAUCUCUCAACACUCCCGUAAUCUGGGGCAAAACACGGCCGCAUUCUUCGCGUCCGAACCCCUGCCAACCUGGGCCCAAAGUGAAGGAAUGGCAGUGGCUAUGAAGGUUAGCGAUGUAGACUGCUACAAAGAGAACGCGGACAUACCGAAGAACUAG